AUGACUACUACAGAGCUCACCAAAGCAAUGAAAGGGAGCCUUAGCCACGAGUUUGAGACUGGACUCCCAGCUGCCGACGUGUGGGAGGUCUAUGGAGGCCUCCUUGUUGGGGAUCUGAUUCCCCAAUUGCUUCCUCAAGUGUUCUCAAAGGUUGAACUUGUAGAGGGAGAUGGUGGCGUUGGAACAGUUCUGCUUGUCACUUUCCCGCCAGGAACUCCUGGAUCAGAAGCUUUCAAAGAAGAGUUCAUCAAGGUCGAUAAUGAAAACUGCAUCAAGGAGGUCCUAGUAACUGAAGGAAGCUUUCUCGAUCAUGGCUUUAAGAAAUAUUUGGUACGAACCGAGAUUAUAGGAAGAGAACAGAAGACAGCCACCAUAAGAUCAACUAUUGAAUAUGAAGUUGAUCCAGAGCAUGCGAGCAACCCUCCUGUAGUCAGUACGAGUGGUUUAGCUACUAUUGCUAAGGCCAUCACAGAAUAUAUCAAGCAGAAGAAGGGUCCUGAACAUUUCAAGAUCGCGAUUGGCUAUAAAAUCUCAUUUUCCUCAUGCCUGCAAGUGCAAGUUCCACAGAAGAGAAGUCUUUGUGUAUACCUUAGCAUGUCUACAGAGCUCAAAGCGAUGAAAGGCAGCAUUUGCCAUGAGUUUGAGACCGGGCUCCCCGCUGCCGACGUGUGGGGGGAGGGAGAUGGCCGUGCUGGAUCAGUCCUCCUUAUUACCUUCCCUCCAGGAACUCCUGGAUCAGAAACUUUCAAAGAAAAGUUCAUCAAGGUUGACAAUGAAAACUACAUCAAGGAGACAAUAGUUACUGAAGGAGGCGUUCUAGAUCAUGGCUUUCAGAAAUACAUGGUUCGAAUCGAGAUUAUGGGGAAAGAAGAGAAGACAUCCAUCAUAAGAUCAACAAUGGAAUACGAAGUCGAUGAUGAGCAUGCAAACACCCCCCUGUGUUCAGUACCGAUGGGUUAG